AGUAGACUCAGUCGAUUUGUGUGGGCCGCCCAAUGGCGUGUGGUUGCUGCGACGUCCCUGCAGAGGUGAAGCAGAUGGAAGCUAAUGUAUCGCAAGUGGUUCAAGAUGCCACCAUCGCGGUUGAGGCGGCUGUGGAGAAAGCCGAAGGCGCCGUUGAGGCGGUUGUGGAGAAAGCAGAAGAUGCUAUCAAGACCGCAGCAAGUGAGUUUGAGGCAGCCUCUGAAAGUGGACUGCAGACAGUGAAACGCUUUGUUGAAGCGAAGCUGCGGACGACCUUGAAGGCGAUUCUCAAAAAUGUGCCUCCCGCCAUCAAAGAUGCUACGGAUGACAAGGAUUUGCCAAAGUUUGCCAAAGAGGUGAAGGAUGACGGCAUUGAUAUUAUGUGGCACGAUAUUCAAGUAGAGAUCAUCCGGGAGAUUGAGGAAGGAGCCUUUGGUGAAGAAGAAGAGCCAGAUGCUCCAGGCUGCUGCUGUUGCAUCAAUUUCGUGAGGUAUCACCUGUAUCCCUACGAUCGUGGCCUGCCUGGUGUGUUUCAGGAUCCCUUCUUCUUGCUUUGCUUCUUCAUUGCACUAUGCCCUUUGUUCAGCAUUGCGCCAUACAUGUUUUUGCUGAUUUUCUUGGUCAUCGACAAGAGCGACGAGUUCCAGCUCCUGUUUUUCAUUCUGCAGGUCCGCGGGAUGCAAUUUCCAUCCGAUGGGAUGUUGGCCGUAUACAUCAGGUUUGUUGAGCUCUUCCUCUGUGUGCAAAACGGCAAGGACUGUCUUGCGAGCACCAUCAUUCCUUCGACUUGGCAAGAGGUGCACUUAUACACGGAUUUCAUCGGCUACGUGCUUCGGCUUCUCUUGGUUUGGGCGGCCUUUCUCCUUCUUUGUCGCGCAUUGCGACAGCGGCCUCCAGAUGAUCCUUUCAAGGACCGAAUAAGGAGGAAAGGUGGCAACAUGAUCUAUUUGCUGGUCUUCGACUUGGUGCUCUCCUUAGGUGGAAUUGGAGCAAUUCUUGGAGUGGUGUCUCAGAAAGAUUGGGAUUUAGUCAACCUGCAGCUUAUGUCGAUGAUCAACUUUGUCAAGUUUGUCCAUGGCUUCCUCUCCUUGCCGUUCUUUCUUCUAUUGGUGGUGCCGGUGUUGCGGAACGUCGUCCUGCACACCUGGCCUACGGGAUAUGACCGACGGGGCCGUUGCCGAAGGUACAUCGGGCCUCAGAAGCCGACUCCUAAGGACGACUCGGCGAAGAAGUUCCUGCCGGAGCUUGAAAUGGAUGAUGUCUCCGAGUUGUUCGAGAAUGUGAAGCACUCCUUUUUGGGCUCCAAGAGCGCCUGAGGGAAUUCAUCUCCGACAGGUUUGGUUGCAAAAUUUGUGGACCUUCCAAUGUGAUGUCGAUUCACAAAAAAUGUGCGACUGCCAAAACUACCUGGAUAGCUAAGUUGCUACCUUUUGCUCAAAAGUGAGCCAAAAAGUGACGCCUCGUUGGAAUAAAACAACCAUCGAUCCAAUGGAGUUGGACGGCGACCCCUGCAACUCCACAUAUUGGACCCCACCUUCCCGUCAAGGCCUGACUGUUCGCCAGGCUCGAAGACUCGAAAGGGCAUAGGCGCUGAGGCGCUGAGGCGCUGAGAUGCAAGUGCCAGGUGUCAGCAGUCAGG